AGUGGAAACCUCGAAGAUUAUAAUAUCGUUGUUAAAGAGGAGGAUAAGAAGAAGGGUUUGAUGAAGAAGCUUUCUGAAGGACACAUGGACCUCUACAUGGAAAAUAUGAUGGAGCCACCAGAGAGAUGUCCACGUCCUCAGAAAGAUCACAAAAUGGAGGAUGAGGACGUCACAGCAGAUUGUUUUUCCGUGAGAAAGAGCGAGAAGCUCCAUUCUUGCUCCGAGUGUGGGAAAAGUUUUUCUCAUAAAUCAGAACUCAUCGUACAUUACAGAACUCACACGGGGGAGAAGCCGUAUUCCUGCCCAGAGUGUGGGAAAGGUUUUUCGCAAAAGUCCUGUCUCUCCAGACAUCAGAAAUUGCACACGGGCGAGAAGCCCUAUGGCUGCCCUGAGUGUAGGAAAUGUUUCUCGCGGAAAUCGGACCUUGUGAAACAUCAGAGAUGCCACACGGGGGAGAAGCCGUAUUCCUGCCCCUAUUGCCCCAUUUGUUUUUCAGAUAAGUCCAGUCUUACCAAACACCAGAGACUGCACACGGGUGAGAAGCCGUUCUCCUGCUCGGAAUGCGGAAAGCGUUUUCCGCAGAAAUCAGAACUUGUUACGCACCACAGAUCUCACACUGGGGAAAGGCCGUAUUCCUGCUCUGAAUGCGGGAAAUGUUUUUCAUGGAAAUCUUGUCUUAUCAAACAUCGGAGGACCCACGCAACUCUCAAAACCCACCUCUUCCUCACUGGAGUCCAGCUCACAGAAAGCUCCGUCUGCUGGAGCUCUGAUGUCUGGUACCUCUGCUGCGUGGCCUCUGACCUCGGCCUGGAGUGUGGCUUCCUCAGGAGACACCGAGCCACCUUCUCCCGCUGUGAUCACCCCGCUCUCUUCCUCCUUCUGUCACUGCCAAUCCUCCUCCUGAGAACCAAGGAAGACCCGAGCGUUCCUCACAUCUUCCCCUUCUAUGCUCAUGUAGCGCUCACCCCCGAAGGAGCCGCUGGAUAUGAACUUGGGUCCUCCGACCUGAAUUUUGUCAAUGAGGUUUUCCGUGACCUCUUGGACACCUGUGUCAUUGUGUACCUGGAUGACAUUCUCAUCUUCUUCCAGGACUUGGGCACUCAUCGUCAACACACGUGUACGGUUAUACAGCAGCUUUGUGACAACUGGCUCUAUGCCAAGGCCGGCCAAGUGCCUCUUAGGUUCCUUUCCUUGGUUACAGUGCCUCAGAUCAAGGUGGACACGACUUCCAAAUGUUUGGACAUCCUUGAGUGCAACGUAGCUGUGGCUUCCUUCAACGUUACUACUGGUGGUCUCCUCAUAAGGACAUCAAAGAGUAUGCUCAAGCUUGCACUAUCCGUGUCCAAUCUGAACGAGACUUCAACGGGGACUUCAAUUGACCGCCCAUUUUUCGAGAACCUCGGCCAGCUUCAAAUCGAAUUACUCUUCAGCCUUUCAUCCCCAGUCCAAUGGGGUGGAAACCUCGGAGAGAAUAAUAUUGAUUUUAAAGAAGAGUAUAAAGAGGAGGACGAGGAGUACGGAGUGAUGAAGGAGCUUUCUGAAGGACACAGGGACAUUAUGAAAGAUAAUAUGAUGACAGCAGAUUGUGCGGGAGAAGAGACAAUGAGCUCAGCUAUGGAUGGUGGACGUCACAGUGUGGGUAGACCAUGGACUCCCUCUGACUCUGAGGAACCUCGUACUAUGGGGGAUGGUGCUGGCAUUCAGGGGGAGGAGACAUUUUUCUAUCCUGAGUGCGGGGAAGGUUUUGGCUCCGAAUUGAGUCUUUCUGAACAUCAGAGGUCUCACGCGGGUGAGAAGCUUUUUCCGUGUUCUGAGUGCGGGAAAAGUUUUUUUCAUAAAUCAGAACUGGUGAUACAUUACAGAACUCACACGGGGGAGAGGCCAUUUUCUUGCCCUGAGUGCGGGAAAAAAUUUUCACAGAAAUCCGAACUUGUUAUACAUCUAAGAUCUCACACGGGCGAGAGGCCGUAUUCCUGCCCCGAAUGCGGAAAAUGUUUUUCAGGUAAGACCACUCUUUCCAGACAUCAGAGACUGCACGUGGGUGAGAAGCCAUUUUCCUGCAACGAGUGCGGAAAAUGUUACACACGGAAAUCAGAACUUAUCAUACAUCAGAGAUCUCACACGGGGGAGAAGCCUUAUUCCUGCCCGGAGUGCGGCAAAAGUUUUUCACAGAAGUCCAAUCUUAACACCCAUCAGAAGUCUCACACGGGGGAGAAGCCGUAUACCUGUUCGGAGUGCGGAAAAUGUUUCUCCCGGAAGUCCAAUCUUACCGAACAUCAGAUAUACCACACGCGGGAGAAGCUGUUUUCCUGCCCCGAGUGCGGGAAAUCUUAUACACGGAAAUCAAAACUUGUCAAGCAUCUAAAAUCUCACACAGGGGCGAGGCUGUCUUCCUGCCCUGAGUGCGGGAAAUGUUUUCCACAGAAGUCUUGUCAAACAAUAGGUGUGGAGAGACCACGGAAUCCCUCUGACUCUGAGCGACCUCGUCCUGUGGGGGAUGGGGCCGGAAUUCAGGGGGAGGAGACAUUUUCCUGCCUUGAGUGCGGGAAAAGUUAUUCUGAUAAGGUUAGGCUUUCCGGACAUCAGAGAAUACACACCGGCGAACAUUCAUGUCCUGAGUGUGGGAAAUGUUUUUUACAUAAGUCCAGUCUUUCCCGACAUCAGAGAUUACACACCGGUGAGAAGCCUCAUUCCUGUCCUCAGUGUGGGAAAUGUUUUCUGCUUAAAUCAGAAUUAGUCAGACAUCAAAGAUCUCACAUAAAGAAGAAGUCAUAUUCCUGCCCUGAUUGUGCAAGAUGUUUUUCAGAUGAAUCAUACCUUGUUAUACAUCAGAGAUCUCACACAGGGGAGAGGCCGUAUUGCUGCCCUGAGUGUGGAAAAUGUUUUUCAUCUAAGACCCUUCUUUCAAGACAUCAGAAAUUCCACACAGGAAAUCUAUUUUCCUGCCAUGAUUGCGGAAAAUGUUUUCCAUGGAAAUCAGAACUUAUUAUACAUCUAAGAUCUCAUACAGGAGAGAAGCCAUAUUCCUGCCCAGAGUGCGGAAAAAGUUUUCCACAGAUGUCCAAUCUUAAAAAUCAUCAAAAGUCCCAUCUUUCUAAACAUCUAAUAUACCACACGGGGGAAAAGCUGUUUUCCUGCCCUGAGUGCGGGAAAAGUUUUUCACGGAAGGACCUGCUUUCCACACAUCAGAAACGGCAUUCAGGCGAGAAGCCGUUUGCCUGUCAGGAGUGUGGGAAAAGUUUUCUACAGAAAGCAGACUUUGUGAGACAUCAGAGAUCUCACACAGGGGAGAAGCCGUAUUCCUGCCCUGAGUGCGGGAAAGGUUUUUCACAGAAGUACCGUCUUUCCCAACAUCGGAGAUUGCACACGGGCGAGAAGCCUCAUUCCUGUCCUCAGUGUGGGAAAGGUUUUCGCCUUAAAUCACAACUGGUCAAACAUCAGAUAUCUCACACAGGAGAGAAGCCAUAUUCCUGCCCUAAGUGUGGGCUUUGUUUUUCACAGAAAUCAGACCUUGUUCUACAUCGGAGAUCUCACCCGAGGGAAAAGUUGUAUUCAUGUUCAGAGUGUGGAAAAGGCUUUUCUGUUAAGUCCAGUCUUACUAAACACCAGAUAUAUCACACACAGGAAAAUCUGAAUUCCUGCUCUGUGUGUGGGAAAAGUUAUAUACGGAAAUCUGACCUUUUGAGACAUCAGAAAUCUCACCUGGGGGGCAGGCUGUCUUUCUGCCCCGAGUGCGGGAAAAGUUUUACAU